AUGCCGUUUCGGUUUAGUGAGUUGCUAACCAAGAAGGACAGAGAACGCAUCUACUUCGACGGAGGCCUUCCCCUAUCGAAACGGGAGACACGACUAGAACGCCUGGAGGUCUCGCGACGGAGACUAGAAGCUUUUAUUGGCUCAACCAGACCGGGCUUCACAGACCAUACCUUAAGGACGAAACCCCUUUUGGCUACCCCUCAGAUGGUCUUUGGCCAUCACUUGCCCCCAAAGAGAGUUCCUACUCUGCCCGAGAAUCCUUUUAUAGUCCCGGGUGUGCUUGAAGACCUGAAAGGAAGAUGGGACCGUCACACCAUCAAGACGUUUGUGGAUCCUGCCCCCAGUAAUAUAUUGCAUGGCGUUCAUGGUUUUGUGUGGGAGGAUAUCACCGCAAUUGUGCCUGGAGAAGCUGAUAUAUUCUGUGCUCGUGCGGCCAGCGAAUCCGGCGCGGCGGUCCUGACGGGCGACUCAGACCUUUUGGUUCAUGAUCUGGGUCCCUCUGGGUCCGUGAUCUUCUUUAGUUCAGUCGAGUCUAUCGAAGACAAUGUAGACAACGAACGACCAAAGAUACGCGCAAUGCAAAUACGCCCGCGAGAGGUAGCCAGAAAACUGGGCAUCAGAAGCAUCCAGCGCUUUGCCUUCGAGCUGAAGAGAGAUCCUUAUCUGAGCUUCGGAAAGAUCGUGCAGCGCGCAAAAGAAAACACGGGAGGCGUGGAGAAUAAUGCUUCGUAUCUUGCUUUUCUUGAAGAAUAUACAUUUAUUAACGAAGAUAUUGAAGAUAACAUACAGGGCCUCGAUCCCAGAAUAUCAGAGCUAUAUCUGCAGCUUACGCAUGCCGGACUUCACCCCGAAAACCAGCCUUUGGCGAUAUACCUGCCGAUGUUACUCGAAAAUCACUUUCGUCGGUGUGCAUGGCGUGAAGGAAGUGAAAUACGUGCGAUUGCGUUUUCACUGCUUAAUUUUUCUGCGACUGUCGGCGACAAGAGGGACACUAUUCUUGAAUACUCUCGGCGAGGGACUAGGGUGUCUUCAACUCCCAUCAAAUUGCUCUCGGAAGAUGAGCUAAUUUCUCUCAUCGUCACCUUAAAUAAAAGACUGCAGUCACUUUUUAUGAGGUGCAGUGGUGCUUCUAUACUAGCCUGGAAAAUGUUUGCACUCGAAGAAAUUUUCCUCCACAAAGAUAAAGACGAUUGGCCCAGCCCAGGCCACCUCGGAAGAUUUCUUGAGACUGGCCAUCGUGGGGAAAUGCUGGAUUGGGAUGACAUCCAUCUGAACGCUCAAUUCCAAUCCAUUCUGUACUCGCUGAGAAUCCUAAAACAGGCUGUAGGAUCAUCGGCCUUGCAAGCACCGCUCGCUCUGAAGAACAAAAUUCCAUUGCUCCAAAAGUUCCUGUAUGAACUUCCACCAAUGAGAAUGUUGUCCCAUUCAAUAAGUGAUAUUUCGACGCAUGAACCCAUGCCAAGGGAAUCCGUCAAACACACCUUAUUCGUACUAUUCUCGGGUCAAAAGCAGGACUGCGACGCACAGACUCCAGAAUUAGGAGAACCUGUGCAAGAUCAUGGUAAUAAUAGAAUUUCCACUGGUCAUAACGCCCGUACUGAAACCACAUGCACAUCUCGGCGUAAACAAGGCGGUCAACCAGUUGUCACGGGCCAGGCGGUGAAAUUGGCCAAACAUACAACUAAUUUAUUUGACAUACUUGGGGAUAUGGAUGCCCUUGAAUAUUAG